CGUGCAGUACACAACUACAGAGGCUUUCCGACAAGCUUCAACCCACAGCUGAAUUUUCCAUUAGAUUAUUAUUCUUCCUUCUUUGUCCCCUUUUACUUUGUACUAGCAGCUUCACAAAGUUUGCUUCUUUAGCAGGAGCAACAACAGUAUCGUCUCGAUUGAUGAACUGAGUCUUGGACGGAUCGUCAAUUGGAGCCACAGAUUUCAAGCUAUCCAUUUGACUUUGGAGCUAAAGAGCCAAAGGUUUCAAAGGUGGAAUUUUAAAGGGUUUGAUUUUAGAAUCCUGUGGCACGAUCUGGGUCACUGUGCUUCCUUUCCCUGUUUCACUCCCUUGGAUUCCGGUGGUGGUGUUUUUCCGUAGAAAAGUUCCUUUCCUGGGUGUUUUCAUGGCUUCCCCUCAAUCUGUUGUGUCUCCAUUCAAAGGCUCUGUUGUUGCUGUGCCUGAGAAGCAGAAAUCCAACUUCUUCAUCCGUACCGCUGGGCCUUCAUCCAAUGGAACUGAUGCCAAUAGAAAGGAAGCCAUGGUUUGUAAUUCAGAGAAUUCCAUUGGUGUUCUUGAGGUUUACGUUCAUCAGGCCAGGGACAUCCACAACAUCUGCAUAUACCACAAGCAAGAUGUUUAUGCUAAGCUAUGCCUGACAAGUGAUCCAGAAAACACAGUCUCCACCAAAACCAUUAAUGGUGGUGGUAGAAAUCCAGUCUUCAAUGACAAUGUCCAGCUCAAUGUCCGGACUGUUGAUUCCUCCCUCAAAUGCGAGAUUUGGAUGCUGAGCAGGGUGAAGAAUUAUCUUGAAGAUCAGUUGCUGGGGUUUGCUUUGGUUCCUUUGUCAGAGGUCCUCGUCAAGAAUGGGAAGUUAGAGAAAGAGUUCUCUCUUUCUUCAACUGAUCUGUUUCAUUCCCCAGCAGGGUUUGUCCAAUUGUCUCUCUCAUAUGCUGGAGAUUCACCAGACGUAAUGCCUCUGGCCUCAAAUCCUAUUGUGCAGGACUCAGAGAUAGCCGAGCUUCCUUGUGAAUUAGAUAAGUUAGAGUUCCCAGAUCCGAACAUUGACAAUGAAGACCAGAGAAUGGUUUCAGAGUAUAUUAAGAUCCCAUCUUCAGAAUUUGAGUCUCACAGCUCUGAGAGCUUGGUCACUGCUGAAACUGAAAAUCAGCUUAGUUCAGAAGUGGGUGUUCAUGCUAUAGAAAGCUUCUCGACCACUGCUUUUGAGUCUAUCCAGGUUCCAAAGCUUGAUUCUCCCCCAAGCAGUGUGUCAACUAAUGGUGCUUCAUCUCCUUCAGUCCAGGCUAGCUCAGAGUCAUGUGAUGCUCCAUCAGCUUCAGAAUCUCCAAACCAGGAACAAAUAUCGGCCCCAGGAGAGAAAAAAGUGGAUAAAGAUGGUGAGACUGAUUCGUCUAAUGGGGUGCCAAGUGAUGCAUUUGCAAAACCUACUGUCACUGUCACUGUUCCUGAGCAGCAGGUGGUGCAGCAGGAUUUUGUAGACAUGUACAUGAAAAGCAUGCAGCAAUUCACCGAGUCUUUGGCAAAAAUGAAGCUUCCUUUGGACCUUGAAUCACCAACCAGUUCAGGAAAUUCGAGCACUGAUCAGAAAAUGCAGACACCAAAGAACAGCGGUUCCCGUGUGUUUUAUGGGAGUAGGGCUUUCUUCUGAACUUUUGUUUCACAGGUUCAGAGGAAGACACAGGUGACUUUAGAUUUUUAGAUAACUAGUAAUGAAAUGUAAUAAUGUUCUAUGUAUUGUGUUGUUUCCCUUUGUAUGUCGAGAUGCUUUAGAUGACAGGAAAUCUUGACUUGUACCUGUUUAAAGCUUUGUUCUAUCACCAACUUGCUAUUAGUAUAUAUGAACUACCAUGACAUCUUUCCCCUUUGUA